UGUGACAGUUAGUGUAUCAGUCUAAUCCCAAACAUUCAUAGCGUAGCAUUGUAUUGUACUGUCUGGCGUUGUUUGUUUAGAGUUUCCGUCUAAAUUUCCAGCUCUCGCAUUUCUGUUAGCAUAGGCCUCCCAAAAUGAAUCAGUCCUUUUCUUUUCUCAUCUUUACGGUACUGUUUAGUUCAGCACUUGCGGUACGCUGCUUUCAAUGUUCUUCGCAGACGGACCCAAAGGGGGCAGAUAAUUGCGGUGCCUACAAACCCUUCAACAGGACACAAAACAUUCCGAUCGAGUGUAACAGUGACGAAUCGCAUAUGCCAGGAUCGUUCUGCAUGAAGGUGAUCCAGCAGGGUGCCAGGGGUUUUAUUUGGGACGGCCGAUGGCGACAGGUGAUCCGACGCUGCGCGUCCGUUUCUGAGACCGGCGUGACGGGCGUGUGCAACUGGGGUGUCUACGAGAAUGGUGUUUACUGGGAGGAAUGUUACUGCGCAGAGGAUGGCUGCAAUCACGCCGGCAAAUCGGUGGUCCAGUCUGGCGCAGUGCUGAUGGGUCUGCUAGCGGUUAGCUUCAUUUGCCGACGCAUUUUAUCCUAGACCGUAGUCCGUAGGUUCAUCCGUGUGGAUGAUAAUUGUUUUAAAAUAAGAGCACGAAACAUUUUCUAGGAGUAGAAACUUUACUGAAGCGCUGAUGAUGCUUCGCUUUUCCGAAUAAUGCCACCUGUGCCUGAUCUUAUGUAAAUCUUAUUCCGUCCAGUACAUUCGAAUAGGUGGUACUGAAAACGUCCGUAUCUGUAAGAUAUACUUUUUUAUUAUAAUA